AUGUGGACAGUUAAAGAAAUUAAUAUUCACGAUACUUCUCCCAAACUGGAAAUUCAUACGAUAAAAAUUUCAAAUGUUUUUGAACAAUCUCAUCAUUUGAUGGAGAAUCAAUCUGACAUGAAAUGUUGUGAUCAUUUCCAAAUGGCUCAACACACUCAGCGCAAGAACUCUCCUAAUUAA